CCCACAGCCUCAGCGUCCUGGUGGACGCGUCGUACUCCCAUCUGUGUCAGGCGAUGUUGCCGUCCCGAAGUCACACACAACAGGGCGCAUCAGGCCCGUCUCCUCAUCCUUGACCAUCAGCACAUUGUGUGGCUGCACACACAGGCACACACCCAUACACACAGACAUACACACAAGUGCGGCCACCUUGCUCGUCCAUGAGAUGGGGACCUUUAGGUCACGGUGAGCGAUUUUCUGCGCACACACAGACACACAUACAUACAUCCACAGACGUACACAUAUAGUGCAGGGCGUCCAUCUCUUCCAGCGACCCGAGCAGGCAGAACACCAAGUAGCCAACCACACAGGCCGGCACCACUUGGUGACGGCCGAAUAUCUCCGCAUAUAUCUCCUUCACUUGUCUUUCAAUCUCAUCCACGGUGAGCGGUUUAUUGAAAAUCUCGCUAGCGAGGCCUUUGACUGGACCCCCUUUUGCCUGGGUGCACAAAAGGUGACGUACGCCUUACAAUCAAUCCAUCGAUCGUAUGCGUAUACUCAGUGACCAUCUUACCAACACGCCUUCUCCUCGAGACGGGAGCCGCUCGGCGAGCUCAGGAAAGAUGAGUUCUUUUCCUGGCUUAGCCGCUCGAACGCUGCCGAAUCAACAGAGAAAGCGGCAUGCAAGGAUGGAUCGAACAGACCAUAGCUCCGCGCCUACCAUGGAUCUUCCCCAAGUUGAAAAUGCAUCGGGUGGCUGCGAGGAAUCCUCGCACAAGAGUGUUCUUGUCAAUGCCGUAAAAGGCCUUUUCCUCUGACACGACCGCUUUCGCUGCCUUGCUAAAAUUAGACCUUUGCCGCGGGCCUGCACCACUGGGGCUCUUAGCGAUGCGCUCCAUUACUUCGUAUGCCUUCUGGUUGAGCGCAUUGCCGACUUCCAACUUGAGGUUGAGGCUUUGCAGAACUGCAAAGAGAACACUCCCAGCCUGCCUUCCUGGCAUAGCCCCUUCUCCUGAAGGCGGGAGCCGGUCGGCUCUCUCAGGAAAGGGUACGCCGUGCACCUCUGCACACAACAGACACAGACACAGACGGCUGGACCACGAGGCUGUCCUGGGUCUGUUCCUGAGCCGUCAGCUGCCUAUAGAUGACGAGGUGUUGCCACAAUGAAUGCCUGCAUAUCUCAGGUGGCUCUCCACCUUGCGCGAGUCGGUCACUUUGUACUGCAUAUUCACACAAGCGCACAUGGCAAACAUACACAUCGAUGGAGAGCAUAUUCACACAAGCGCACAUGGCAAACAUACACAUCGAUGGAGAACGCAUUUCUGCUCACCUUUGGUGGAAACCCCUUCAUCCACGCCCCGCACUUCUCCUUGAAGCACCGAGCGGGGUGCACACGCAGCACCUCCAGCACGUCCAUCUCACCGAAUAUCUAUAGCCGCACACAGAUCAGAUAUCACAUACAAAUCUACCCAGUCUCCCUCCCCACUCACCCUCUUGCGUCUGUAGUCUUUCUUCUGCAGAAACGACUGCAAGGCAAGCAGGUCUACCUCCUUGAUGAGCUUCUUUUCCGCGCAUGUUGAACAAAGUUUUGAUGGCGUCCAUGCACAACAAAUUGGGAUAGGCUCCAGUGUCGACGAUAAAGAGGAUAUGCUUCAGUGUG